AUGCCCGGCUUCGACUUCAGCAACUACAAUCGCAACGCAGCCCUCCAUGCACGGGGUGUUCCGUUACCAAAGGCAACUAGUACAGGGACAACUAUCGUUGGGUGCAUAUUUGACAAUGGUGUGGUGAUCGCCGCAGACACAAGAGCCACAAGCGGACCUAUAGUCGCAGACAAGAAUUGUGAAAAACUGCAUUAUAUCUCUCCCAAUAUCUGGUGCGCUGGUGCCGGCACUGCAGCAGACACCGAGUUCACCACCGCUCUCAUCUCCUCCAAUCUCGAACUACAUUCCCUCUCCACGGGCCGCACACCCCGCGUGGUCACCGUGAUGACAAUGCUGAAGCAGCACCUGUUCAGAUACCAAGGCCAUAUUGGUGCCUACCUGGUUGUUGCGGGUGUUGAUCCCACAGGUGUGGGAUUAUUCACCGUACAUGCCCACGGAUCAACAGACAAGCUCCCCUACGUGACUAUGGGCUCCGGUUCGCUUGCGGCCAUGGCAGUCUUCGAAUCAACGUGGAAGAGAAACUGCAACAGAGAGGAGGCCAUCAAGAUCUGCUCAGACGCAAUCUUGGCCGGUAUCUUCAAUGAUCUGGGAUCGGGGAGCAACGUCGAUGUUUGUGUGAUUGAGAAGGACAAACCGUCGCAGCUGUUGCGAAACUACAUCAAACCAAACGAGCGGGUAAAGAAGGAACGCAACUACAAGUUUGCACGAGGCACGACUGCGGUUUUGAAUGAAAAGGUCAUCACAAAGGAGGAGAUUGGACGCUAUGUUACUGUGCAUGAGAUUGGCAGUGGAAGUGACUCGGAUAGCCUGGUGGUCGUGGAGAAGAUGGACGUGGACGAGGUAUGA